ACACUUAAACCAACCAUAGUGCUUUGAUCUGUUGACGAAAAAGGUAAAGAAUGAACCAAGCAAGUGAAACCUCUCUCUCACGCACUGGUAAAAGCUGAACGGUGAUACCGUUGCCACCACCGAUCGUCGCACCCACCAACUGAUACCAAUAGCAAUAACCCCCUUCUUCUUCUUCUUCUUCUUCUUCUUCCCACUCCCCAUUUUCCAAACCAACCCAGCCCCUCUUUUUUUUAUUCUUUCAUUUUUCAGAAAAAAAGAGAAGAAAAUAAGAAUCUAUCCAUUCAGAUUUUGCCACGUCAGAUCCUCUCAUCUCUGUCUUCACGACCUUCCUUUCAUCUCCCUCAUUCCCCUCUUUUUGCCCCCUUCCCUUCAAAUCCUGUACGCUAUACGAUUAGGGUUUUCCAUUCCCCCAAACUUCCUUUCUUUUCUUUUUUUUUUCCCCUAACUUUUUGUUUUUGGAAACUCUUUUCGGCUGGGUUUGGUGCCAAUUUUUGGUUCGUUCGUUACUCGAGGGGAAAAAAAAAGGAACGAGGGAGAUGAUGAGGUUUUCGGGAUCGGAGAUCGUGGUCGCCACGUUGCUCUGUUGGAGCAUUUCUUGCACCGCCCAACCGCACAAGGUUUCGGUUUCUGCCGCCGACGCCGCCAUAUGUCCGAAGGAGACAGUCUUUGAUUUCAUAUUAGGGUUUCGAGAUGCGACCUGCUCGCUCCCUGAUUCCGUUGGAUCCAUCCGUUACACUGGUGUCACCGAGGGAGAUGAGGUUACUUUGCAGAAGGCAUUGAGUAUGGUUCACAAGAAUAGUCAUGAAUAUGUAGCUGUACUUUUCUAUGCAUCAUGGUGUCCUUUCUCUCGGAUUUUUAGACCAGUUUUCUCCAUCCUGUCUUCCCUAUACCCUUCCAUUCCCCAUUAUGCUAUUGAAGAAUCAUCUGUUAGGCCAAGGUUUGUGUUUUCACUUUUCAGUCCCAAUUCCUUUCUUUCAAGUUUCAUGCGCAUUCGUUAUCACGGAUCUCGGAUAUUGGGUUCUCUCGUAGUUUUCUACAAUGAAGUUACCGGAGUUAGGGUUGAUUCACUUGAUCAACUAUCCCUGGAUAAAGUUGGGCAUCUGUCAGUUCAUGAGAGUCAUGGUACCACAGAGCAAGAAAGUUGCCCCUUUUCUUGGGCCAGAUCUCCAGAACAUUUGCUGCGGCAGGAGACUUAUUUGGCUUUGGCCACUGCAUUCGUGGUUUUGAGACUACUUUACUUAUUUUUUCCUACACUGCUUAUGUGUAUCCAAUAUGCUUGGAAUAGGGUUCUCCAAAACGUUAGAUUAGGGAGCUUGUUGGAACAUCCUUUGGUGUAUCUGAAGCGAACAGUACAGUCAUUUAAAUGCCUUAAAGAGCCAUGCAAGAGAAGUAAUCUGCAGGAAGGAGCAAUGAAUGCUAAAGCUUGGGCUUCUAAGUCCCUUGCCUCAGUCUCAAUUGGGGAGGCUAGCACUAGCCGUGGUACGCACCAGUAAGUAUAUGGAACCAACCAGUGUUCCCUCAUGAAAUUGGACAUUUGGAAUAUCCUAAAAGAAAGCAUGGCUGCAAGUUAUGGCAUGUAGUUUUGUGCUCAGUUAAGCCUUAUGAGUAGUGAGACCAAAUUAUGUUACUGAUUGAUGUAAUUCCGCCCCUUAUAAAAUCCUGCAUUCAGCAUUCUAGAAAAAUCGAGACUUCAAUGUGUAUAGUUUAAAAUGUAGUAAACUCGAGCUGAAAUAUGUAAUUCUUUGACUUUGUAGGUUUACUUGAAGGUCAGUCGACGACCAUCAGUUGAUAAAUUAAUUUUUGUUGGGAAUGAAGUGAAUGUAAAUCCUCGUUUAUUACUGAGUACUGACUGUAUACCAUGUUCAGGUACUGGAUGUUUGCUUGGAUAUUUGUAAAAGUUUAAUAAGAUGAUCAUCAACAGAUAUCAUAUAGAAGCAUUGUUAUCAAGAGCCAUUAUUUAAAUUUUAAAUUACUGGUUUUUGCCCCUUUUGGUGAUUGAAUUCAUUCCACUUGAACUAGCCCCUUCCUAGUUCCUCUCAUUUGCUGCCUGAUGUAGAAAGAUAGCUAACCCUUGACGCAUUGUUUGUUGUGA